AUGAAUUCAUUCCUGGAUUCUGGAUUCUGGAUUUCCAUUGCCGAAUAUCUUCAGCUUCUAACACUCAAUCUACAGCCCUUCCUUUUGUCGCUUGGCAUGAGCAAGUCGCUACUUGCUUUUGUGUGGAUAGCUGGUCCUUUGACUGGCGGUCUGGUACAGCCUUACAUCGGCAUCAGGAGCGACAAUUGUCGAAUGCCAAUGGGAAAGAGGAAGCCAUUCAUGAUUGUCGGCGGUGUGGCUACUAUUAUCUCACUGCUCGCCCUGGCUUGGGUUAAAGAGAUCGUGGGUGGCUUCUUGUCGAUAUUCGGGGCUGACCCUGCUUCGUCGGGUGUUAAGGUGUCCAUUAUUAUCAUGGCUACAAUUAUUAUGUAUGCUCUCGAUUUCGCUAUCAAUACGGUGCAAGCGGCUAUCAGGGCGUUCAUUGUCGACAACUGUCCUGCUCACCAGCAAGAACUUGCCAACGCAUGGGCCAGUCGGAUGACGGGCGCUGGGAACAUUCUUGGCUAUAUAUUCGGAUACAUGGAUCUCCGAAGUAAAGUUCCUUUCUUGGGCAAUACACAAUUCAAGGUCCUCUGUGCGGUUGCCUCGGUCUCACUCAGUGUCACUCUCGGAAUCAGUUGCGCAUAUAUCAAAGAGCGAGACCCCCAGUUUGAUCCCCCCGUGACAGACAAGCUGGGCGUCGUAUCAUUCUUCAGACAAAUCAUCAAGUCCAUACAGAGCCUACCAACGCAGAUCUCCCGAGUCUGCCAGGUCCAAAUCGCAGCGUGGGUGGGUUGGUUCCCAUUCCUUUUCUACUCCACAACCUAUAUCGGACAGCUCUACGUGAAUCCAAUCUUCGCAAAGAACCCCAAUCUUUCUAAAGAUGAGAUCGACCAUGCCUGGGAGGACGCCACUCGAGUCGGGACGCUUGCGCUGCUCAUCUAUGCGAUUAUCUCGUUCUUCGCAAAUACUAUAUUGCCCUUUUUCGUGGUCCCAACCUACAAUCCUGCCCCGACACAUGUUCCCCGCCGUCUCAGUGGUGAUGCCUCCGAUGACGAAGAACCAGCGAGAAGACUCUCAUUCUCGAGCAUGCCCACUGGUAAUGCAUCCGAGCCACUCCUGGACGGACCCCAUGUCCCACAGCAAACAGUAGAAAAGCCAACCUGGCUAACCCGUCUCCGGAUUCCGGGACUGACACUGCGUCGAGUUUGGUUGCUCUCUCAUCUACUAUUUGCAAUUUGCAUGUUCAGCACAAUCUUCAUCUCUUCGCACCAGGCUGGCUCUGCUGUUGUCGGGAUAAUCGGCAUUUCCUGGGCCGUUGCCUUGUGGGCACCAUUCGCUCUUAUUUCAGCCGAGGUAGCUAGGAUUGAUCCAUCUCGACAACAUCGCCAGACGGGCGAGACUGAAACUGAGCGGAUGGUUGCCGAGGAUCGGGAUGAGCAUAAUGAUCGCGACAAUGAUGUCGAGAUUGGACCUAAGGAUUCUCAUGGGGGUGCAGAUGUCGCUCAAGCGGGUAUCAUUCUUGGUCUGCACAAUAUGGCUGUUUCGCUGCCUCAGAUCUUGUCUAGUCUGGUUUGUAGUGCUAUCUUUAAGGUUUCUCAGAAACCUAGAGGUGAACCUUGGGAUGACAGUGUGGGAUGGGUAUUGCGAUUCGGUGGAUGCGCUGCCUUGGUUGCAGCCUGGUUGACUCGCAGGGUUUCGGAUGGAUCUAGAUAG